AUGAGAACUCUUAUAGUGUUGGCGUGUAUUUGCGCCCUUGCAUAUGCGCGGGAAGAAUUUGUAGUAGACGAUACUUCAAAUUUUGAAUAUGACCGAAAUGUAAAUAGCGAAUCUAACAACAAUUCCAAUGAAGAAGGUAGUACUGUAAGCCAAACGCUAAAUGAACGUAGACAAGGACGCUACCGAGCUUUACCUAGGGAGCAUAACGAAAAACCUAUUCCUAAAGAAGCAAUCAGUCAGAUAUGUAGAGAAAAGAAUGAAAGAUACCCCGUUCCUGGCAGCUGUGAUAGAUAUGUCGAGUGUUUGAACGGUACUGCGGAGGAAAAGCAAUGUCCAGACGGUCUUCGCUACAAUCCUAACGUUAGAUUCAAUGUCUACCCUUGCCAAUACCCCGUAGAUGUUCCAUGCCUCGAACGAUCUGCAUUACAACCUGCCCAACCCACAGACGAUUGCCCUCAUCAGUUUGGUUACUUUAAAAUCGGAGACGCCCGCAAUUGUAGCGGUUUCAGGAACUGCGCCCACGGAGUGGGUUUUGACUUUGUUUGUCCAGAGGGUCUUGCCUUCAGCUCUAGUACUUAUCGUUGCGAAUGGCCUGAUGAAGUCGAAGACUGUGAUGCUGAAGCAUUCCUUGGUUUCCGCUGUCCUGAAGUUCCCGAAUCAAAAGAACUAGGACCUCCCGCUGGCUACAGGACAUACAGAUCAUCAACUGAUUGCCAAAUAUAUUUCAUUUGUAUUAAUGGCAAACCACGUCGUCUCUCAUGCGGAGGAUACGCAGGUUUUGACGAGCUCACUGGAUCCUGUGUUGCCGCAGAUGAAAUACCAGCUUGCCCUGAAGAACUACGACUAAAUGCAGCUAGAUCGAGAGAUGCCGAAAAAGAACGCCAAACCGUUCAGAACGCUUACGAAAAAUUCAAAUCCGAUCGCAGAUUAUUUAACUAUUCGCCGACUACUCUACAGCCACUGUUUGGCGAUAUAGAAAUCGGGUCUAACCCUGAACAAGAU